CGGCAGUACUGUGAUAGCCACAAUCCGCACUACAUCUAGACUGCGAGCAGUGCGACACAGUGCGUCUCUCUCAUUAUUACAGAUAAUUAAUUUAUCGGUUUGGUGCAUAAUUUCACCUUUUAAUGGAGUGAUUCAAAUUAACGGACAUAUUUUAUUAAUUUUUUUAUUUCACCGACUCAACGCUGACAUUCUGUGUGUGUGUGUGUGUUUUGUUAUUUUCUAUCAAUUAAUCAAAAACUUUUCAAACAAGUGAUGGUCAUUAAGGAACAAUCGCCAAAAGGAUUUUAAACACUUUGGAUUAUUCUGUUGUUAACUUGCAGCAAAAACAAGUUAAUAGAAAAAGAUGAAAAACCCGCCUUCUCCGCCGCCAGUGGACGAUUGCGACGAUAUCUUCGGCCCGCCCCGGACGUACCCCGGUGGUUAUUGCCCGCCAAAAACGAGGCCUUCCAUGAUAUCGGCAAAAUACCGUCAGAAAGAGGAGCGCAGGAAAAUAUUGAAGAUAAGCGCGAACAAGUUGAAGAAAAUAGAAGACCCCGAAAUCAGUUUGCACAGAUCCGUUUUGAUCAAUAACAUAAUGAGGCAUUUGCAGCAGGAUGCUAGAGACGAGAGGUACUUUAAGAAUCAACUGAACUACCCCAGGUUCGACAACGAUCAUUUUUUGAACAUCAAAAACGAGUUUAUCAAGAACGAAAGCAAGAGUAGUGUUUUCGACGAUCAGGACUUCGACACCAAGGUGGCGUUGGAAAUGAAUAAGGCCAAGGCCGUCUUGAUCGAGGAGAAUCUCAGUUUGACCGUGCCGGAAGUCCAUCUGGAAGCGGAAAACAACAAUCAAGUAACAUCACCGAAAAGAACGUUUGACGACGACUGUGACGUACAGGACGUUUUAUCUCAGUGCUACAUGCCGCCGACUCCGCGCAUGCUCACCAAAAUCGACGACAGCGAGGACGACGAGCCUGUGACGAAGAAGCCGCGUCUUCAGGAGGAGGACGAAACCACGACGAGUAACAAAAGUGACGUUUUUUGUGUGAACGAGUACAUCAACAAUAGCGCCGAGGCGCGCCUCCGGUUUGUCAAGACGAGUCAAACGAUGGACACGACGGACAAUUUUAGUUGCGGACACGCGUCCAUGUUCAGUGACCUGCAAAACAACGUCUACCAUAAUUUAAUCGCUUCCCUCGAAACGUAGCCCUACAGCAAAUUAUCCUAGACAUGAAUUUUAUAUCAAUUAUUUAUGUGAUAACGUUAUUCAGUUACUUAGAGAUGAGUUUUUUACGAACUUGUUACUUUUUUGUACUUUCCUUUCUCGGUUUAUUUAUUGUUUUUCCAUCCAUUUUUUGUUUGUUGUAUUUAUCUUACCAUCCACCUAAGCUUAGACGGGUAUUCACUAAGUAUACCAUGGCAUUCUUAAAACCAAGGCUUUUUGACAGAUAACACUGCCCCACAUAAAGGCCGUAUUACAGCCGGCAAUUCCUCUUGCAGCAAUUUUUCUUGCAGAAAUUAUUCUUGCCAUCAAGUUUUCAAGGCCGU